CUGUUGGAGAUCUAAAACAUCUUAUACUCAAAGCACAACUUACACGGUGCUACAAGUUCGGAGGGUUCUGUUACAAUUCCAUGUGUCCUCCUCAUACCAAGUUGAUUGGUAACUGUCACCCAGACCACCUCCANUGUUGCAUAAACAUGAAAUCANUGGNAGGAAGCACAUAG